GCCGCCGGAAGUGACCUGUCAAAAAAAACCGGAACAGACUACGUACCGGAUUUCCAAGCUAGGUAGCCAAAAAAUAACAACAGAGGAUUAUUGUUUGUCUGCAUGAACACCUCAAAGAGCUACAUUUAAAGACAGGAAUCUCUGUGUAUGCCAGCUGACCAGCCCACUGAUCAGCAAGAUGAGCAGCGCAGGAACGGUGGAGAGUGGUAAACCUCCAAAGAUUGGCUCUAUAGUGGAGGUGAUAGGGAAGGGUCAGCGUGGCACUGUUGCCUAUAUUGGCGCCACCCUCUUUGCCUCUGGGAAAUGGGUGGGCGUCAUACUGAAUGAGGCCAAAGGCAAGAACGAUGGCACCGUGCAGGGGAAACGCUACUUCACCUGUGAGGAAAAUCACGGGAUAUUUGUGAGACAGUCCCAGAUCCAGGUGGUGGAAGAUGGCUCCAGUGCCACCUCACCAGAUACCCCUGAAUCAGGCACUGCAAAGAUACCCAGACAAAAAGACAUUCCUGAGACUCCCAAAACAACCAAGCAGACACUUGUGAACGUUAAGAAGUCCUCUACCCGCCGCUCUGCCAAGUGGAGCACUCCAAGUCGUCUCACGCCUGCCACCUCCCUCCCCUCCCUCUUGGUACGUCCCUCCGGACGCCUCAGCCUGUCACUCAGGGCGUCUCGUGAGAGCCUGUCGUCCUCUCUGUCUGGAGAUGUCAGUGAGACAGGCUUUUCCUCCCACCAGGGUGCACUGGGGGCCCCUGUCAUGCCUCAGCCCAGCGGGUCGCCUGCAGCAAUGGCAGCCCCGGUCCCGGCCACUCCAAGCAAGGUGGAACCUGCCAUUUCCAAGCAGGAGGAGGAAUCACUGCGAGCUCAGGUCAAGGACCUGGAAGAGAAGCUCGAAACGCUGAAGAUGAAGCGGACAGAGGACAAGGCCAAGCUGAAGGAGCUUGAGAAGCACAAGAUCCAGCUGGAGCAGCUUCAGGAGUGGAAGAACAAAAUGCAGGAGCAGCAGGCUGAGCUGCAGAAACAACUCAAAGAGGCCAAGAAGGAAGCCCGUGAGGCACAGGAGUCUAAGGACCGCUACAUGGAAGAGAUGGCCGACACGGCAGACGCCAUAGAGAUGGCCACGCUGGACAAAGAGAUGGCUGAAGAGCGGGCAGAGUCACUGCAAGUGGAGGUGGACACACUGAAAGAGAAAGUGGAGGAGCUCUCCAUGGACCUGGAGAUCCUUAGACAUGAGAUUUCAGAGAAAGGCUCAGAUGGAGCUGCCUCAAGUUACCAUGUCAAACAGCUAGAGGAGCAGAAUGGCAGACUAAAGGAGGCGUUGGUUCGGAUGCGUGACCUGUCUUCUUCAGAGAAGCAGGAGCAUGUGAAGCUGCAGAAGCAGAUGGAGAAGAAGAACUCUGAGCUGGAGACUCUGAGGACUCAAAAGGAAAAACUGCAGGACGAGAUAAAGCAGGCGGAGGCCACUAUCGAUGAACUGAAGGAGCAGGUGGAUGCUGCACUGGGGUCAGAGGAGAUGGUGGAGACCCUGACAGAGAGAAACCUUGACCUGGAGGAGAAAGUCAGAGAGCUGAGAGAAACAGUCACUGAUUUGGAGGCCAUCAACGAAAUGAACGAUGAGCUCCAGGAGAAUGCCCGGGAGACAGAAAUGGAGCUGAGGGAGCAGUUGGACCUGAGUGGAGCAAAGGUCAGAGAGGCUGACAAAAGGGUGGAGGCUGCCCAGGAGACUGUAGCUGAUUACCAGCACACCAUAAGCAAAUACAGAGAGCUCACUGCAGGGCUACAGGAGGCCAACAGAGAGCUGAUCAGCCAGCAGAAUGCAAAUGUUGAACAAGUUCAGCAACCCCCUGCUGAAUUAUUUGACUUCAAGAUUAAGUUUGCAGAGACCAAGGCUUAUGCCAAGGCCAUUGAGAUGGAGCUGAGGAAAAUGGAAGUGGCUCAGUCAAACAGACAGGUAUCCCUCCUCACCUCCUUCAUGCCGGACUCCUUCCUGCGUCACGGUGGAGAUCACGACUGUAUUCUGGUCCUUCUGCUCAUCCCCAGGCUCAUCUGCAAGGCUGAGCUGAUCAGUAAACAGGCCCAGGAGAAGUUUGACUUGAAUGGGAACUUGGUCCAGGGGACGGGGCUCAGAGGGCCUCCAGGAGAACAGCGCAGCUUUGCCUCAGGACUGGUGUACUCCCUCAACCUGCUGCAGGCCACUCUGCAUAAAUAUGAACAGGCUCUGAAUACCUGCAGCGUGGAGGUUUUUAAGCGCAUGGGUACGCUCUACUCUGAAAUGAGCUUCCAUGAGCGCUCUCUGGAUUAUUUCAUCGACCUGCUGCAUAAAGAUCAGCUAGAUGAGACUGUUCAGGUGGAACCUCUGACUAAAGCCAUUAAGUACUAUCAGCAACUGCACAGUGUCCAUCUGGCAGAUCACACUGAAGACUGCACAGUGCAGCUGGCUGACCACAUUAAGUUUACCCAGAGUGCCCUGGACUGCAUGGGAGUGGAGGUAGCUCGUCUGAGGGCGUUCCUGGCAGCAGGUCAGGAGAGCUCUGGCUUCGCUGUCCUUCUAAAGGACCUGGACACUUCCUGUUCUGAUAUCAGACAGUUCUGUAAGAAGAUCCGCCGUCGCAUGCCCGGAACAGACGUAGUUGGAGUACCUGCUGCUCUCAAUUUUGAACCACAGGUGGCAGAGACGCUGACGGAGUGCAGGCGCCAGCAGACCCGUGUGGUGGCUGUGCUGCAGGAGGUGGCUGCCGCUGGAGCUCAGAUGGUCGCUCCACUGGCAGAACAGGAGGGCCUCAAUGCUCUCAAACUGGAGGAUAUCGCCUGCAAGGCUGUGGAGCAGGUGUAUGGCUCUCAUGGCCUGAACGGCCCAGAGUGUCUGCGUCAGUCCUGCAGCUCUGUCAUCAUUACCAUGAACAAGAUGGCCACGGCCAUGCAGGAAGGGGAGUAUGAUGCUGACAAACCACAGGGAAAGACUCCUCCAGUGGAGAUAAGAGCAUCCACUGUCAGGGCAGAGAUGACUGACGCUGAGGGUCUAGGAGUUAAACUAGAAGACAGAGAGACGGUCAUCAAGGAGCUCAAAAAGUCCCUCAAGAUCAAGGGUGAGGAGCUGAGUGAGGCCAACGUCCGUCUGAGCCUGCUGGAGAAAAAGCUGGACACCUCCACUAAAGACGCAGAUGAACGAGUGGAGAAGAUUCAGACAAAACUGGACGAGAACCUCGCCCUGCUGAAGAAGAAAGAAAAGGAGUUUGAGGAGACGAUGGAUGCUCUGCAGGCUGAUAUUGACCAGCUGGAGGCGGAGAAAGCAGAGCUGAAACAACGCAUUAAUAACCAAUCGAAGAUGACCAUCGAAGGCCUGAGAGGCCCACCUGCCACCGGAAUUGCCUCCAUUGUUCAGGGAUCUGCAGGAGCAGGUCUGCCUCCAUCCCUGGCAGGACCAGUACAGGUGGUGGACUCCCCUCUCCUCAGGCAGCAGGUUGAAGCCCAGAGACUGGGCAUUAAACACCUCAAGAAUGAAAACAACAGACUUAAGGCGGAGAAAAUAAGAGCCCAGCUGGCCUCCCUGCCUCCACUCUGCCCUCCCAAACUGCCACAAGUGUCCAAAGAAAGCUCCACGCCACCGGAUGGACUAAACACAGGCAUCUAUCGCAGGACUGACCAACUGCUGGCAACCCUGCUCAAGCUGAGUGCAGAGGUUAAAGUGGUGGACGUCACCGGGAAGACAGCAGUUAGUGCCAGUGCCCAGCUGCUGGAGCAGACAGCUCGACUGCAGAACCUCAGUAAUGCUCUGGACAAACUCAAGGGAGAAGUAGCUGAACAUGUAGUCUCAUAUCAGCCUGGAGCAAAGGCUUCCUCUGACUUCGCCACCUUCCCAGUCUCCUCCUUUGUUAAGGCCAAGGAAGAGAAGCAGGGAGGAACAGUGUUUGUAGGUCGUGUUGCCAUUCCAUGCACCCGCGGACAGGAACAAGUCCACCGUCUCGUCCUAUCACAGCAACAGCUGCAGCAAGUGCACCGCCUCCUCAUGGCUUAAGACAGCGUGCCAUUGGCUCACAGCCAUGAUUGACAGCACAUCAAGAAAAGUUUCAUUUCUUUAUUCUCAUUUGAUUCCACUUCAACAUUCUCCUCUAUUUAUCCCUUUUGCUUUUCACUACUCUCAGGAAAUUGUAUUCAAUGUUUGCAAAGUUAAGACUAGCACUAAUAACAUUGAGGCACAGUAGUGUCUUUAUAUUGAUGUCAAACUGAUUGGUGUUUGAAAAUUUUGAAGUCCAAAUGAAUUUGACUCCUGAAUGUCACAUUACUAAGGUGUCAUGUUUUCAUCACUCAAACAGUUUUUAUGCAUCAGUUUUACCUGCUCUUUGUGGAAAAGGGGAAAGCUAGGAACAAGUUAUUUUUACUCUACUUGCACCUAUUGAUAGUUUCUUUUCCCCCUUUGUAUCUUUUGUAUUUGUAGUCAUUCAGACAAUAAAGGCAAGCAAUUCACUGCAAAGCAAGAAACAUCUUUA